AUGGCCCCAAGACGUCGACCCCCUACUCUAGUUGUCCCUGAGGGAAACCAAGCUAAUCAGGCAGAGCUUGCAGAAGCAAUAAGGGAGCUGGCAGACACAUCUGAUGAUGUAGUCAUAGGUACCAUUUUGGUUUAUUCAAUCCCUGCAUUUACCCUAUUUGAUUCUGGGGCGUCGCACUGUUUUAUAUCUGCUCAGUUCAUUGCACGACACACUAUACCAUGUGAUAAUUUAGAUGUAAGCUGGAAUAUCCAUACCAGUAGUAGGGUGUUAACGUCUAGUAGGGAGUGUAAGAAAUGCCCAGUGGUAGUUUGUGGUAUGGAGCUAUUUGCAGAUUUGUUGGUAAUUGACACUAAUGGGUUCGAUGUUAUUUUGGGGAUGGAUUGGCUCUACAACUUUCAUGUGAGAAUCGACUACCAACGUAGAAGCAUAGUGUUCAAGAUACUAGAUCUCCCAGACUUCGAAUUCAUGAGUGGUAGUAAAGUGAUGAAGCAUCUAGAGUAUCGAGCCGACAAGGAAGGAGUAGUAACUUGUAUAGAGGUUGAGGAGAAGCAUAAACCAGAAAUUAUCAAGGAGUUCCUUGAUAUUUUUCCAGAUGACUUGCCGGGUUUACCACCAGAUAAAGAUAUAGAGUUUGUCAUUGAUCUUAUUCCAGGGGUUUCACCUAUCUCAAAACUACCUUACCAAAUGCCGAUAGCAGAUUUAGAGGAGUUGCGAAAGUAG